AUACAAAUAUUUACAUUAUAUACAUUGUAAAUUAAAACUAGAUAUAAUAAUGUCAAUAUCUUAGGUAGUUCAUAAUCAAUAUCAAAUACAUUAUAUUCAUUAUUAUUUGGAGUAGUAAGGUUAGGAAGAGUAACAAUGAACAUUCCUUUCUGGUUAAUACUCCAGGUGUGACCCAGACCCGACCAGUUGGUUUAAAGAGGGGCUUAUUAAAACAUUUGUGCUUAUAUUAGAAAAGAAGAAUAUUGACAUUAUUUAUAUAAGAGACAAACUGUACUCUCGUUUACUACCAUGGAGUUGAACCUGACACGAGUGGAUUACUUUCAAGUAGGGUUGACCUCCCCACGAUGUUUAAGAGUCCUUCCCUCCGGUGCUCCCAAGAAUCAACAGAAGGUGGUGGUAGGAGACCAUGAUGGUAUGGUUCAGCUGUUCAACAUGAAGCACGGGGAGGUGCAGUUUGGUUUCAGGACAGAUACUCCAAAAAGCAUAUCUCGCCUAGAGUUGGGAGGAGCUCUGGGAACAGUGAAGGAUAAAGUGUUUGUGUCGUCAGGGAAUGAAGUCAGAGGCUACACAAAGAAAGGAAAACAGUUCUUGGGUUUUGACACCAACCUCACUGAAGAGAUCAAGUCUAUGCACAUCAGUGGCAGUGACCUUCUUGUGUGUGGUGACUAUGUCUACAACCAUUACCAUGACUGUCAAGACUCAAAUUACUACUUAGCUGCUGAUAUGAUCAAUGAUGUUAUUACACUUCCUGUGGAAAAAUGUGAAUACUUAAAGGCAACACUCUUUGCUGACCAGAUGAAGUACCUGGUGCCCGUGUUGGCAUGUGAAGAUCGCUUACUCAGGGUUAUGAGAGACUCUGAGGUGUUGUACUCUGUAGAGCUUCCUUCUCCACCAUCUACUCUUCAGCUCUUCUACAAUGAUGGAGGUGAAAAUGGAGAUCAAUUAUUAUAUGGCACAUCUGAUGGCAAGAUUGGUCUGGUGCAGCUAGGAAGGGGAUCUGCCUCACACCGCUGGGUCUGUGAGAGCGGUAGUAGUGCCGGGAAUGCCAGCACUCUAAGACACGGCGGCAUAACGUGCAUGGACCACCACGACAUGACUGGUGACGGGGUACGAGAUUUGUUGGUUGGGAGAGACGAUGGAUCUAUUGAAGUGUUUUCUUAUGAAGACGGGGAUGAGUCAGAACCUGUUCUCAGGUUUUCCAUGGCUUGCAGCGAGAGUGUUACCUCAGUGCAGGGCGGAGUUGUGGGCAAUGCAGGUUAUGAUGAGAUUGUUGCAUCGACCUAUACUGGCUGGAUAUUUGGUGUAACGUCGGAGCCCAUGGAUCGCCAUAUGACCUCUGAGUCUGGGGUUGUUCAUAUUUCCCAAGACUCAAAACACAAGAUACAGAGAUUGAGGACUGAAAUAGAUGAACUGCAGCAGCGAGUUCUAAGUGAGCGAGAUCAGUACCAGGCUGCCACUCAGAGUACCUUCCCUGGCAUCUCAGCUGUUCCUUUCUUCUCUGUAAAUGAUAGGAUGACCCUAAAUCGCAGUGAUGCCUCCUACCUGUUAAGUUUAGAGGUUCAGACUGCUAUUGACAACGUGUUACUACAAAGUGAUGUUCCCAUUGAUCUUUUGGACGUGGAAAAAAACUCUGCCGUCGUUAGUUACAGCACCUGUGACCCAGAUAGUGGAAAUUUCCUGCUGGCAACUUACCGGUGCCAGGCCAACACAACUCGUUUAGAGGUUCGCAUCAGGACAAUUGAAGGACAGUAUGGUACACUUCAGUCUUAUAUCACACCAAGACUUCAACCUAAAUGCUGCCAGGUCCGCCAGUACCGCAUCAAGCCUCUCUCUCUCCACUCCCGGAUUCAUAAUUUUGAUCCCAAUCGUCCAUACAACAUCUUAACUCUGAAAGGACAGUUUACUUUGCCAGAAAUACAUGCAUGGGUGGUGUUCUGCCUGCCUGAGCUGCCUGAACGCACACCUGCAGGGGACCAAGCAGAGUUCACAUUUGUUUCUACAUUCCUAGAUACACAGUUACAGUGUGUGUAUGGUGCAGGAGAAGCAGUUUUCAAGUCAGACAACAUCUCAACCAUCUCAAUACUGAAGGACGUGCUUUCAAAGAAAGGUACCCGGAAAAAGGUACGUCUUGACAUUUCUUGUGAAGUUAGCGAGGAGAGUGUUGUUCAUGCUCUCCAUCUCCUUCAUCCACGUUUAGAAGCCCAGCUCAUGUUGGCUAAACAGGUAAUGUAAUGGAGUUUAUUUAUGGAAGCACUGUAGAUACAAUUGUACAGUACAGUGGUCCUUUGUUUUUCACUUACCAUAUAAUACUCAAUAUUGUAACCUAUCCCUAAUCUCUUGUAUAGCCCUCAACAUGUUUCUAUUGAUCUGUAAACCUCUCUCCCUCUCACAUAUCAUUAAAGACAUAAUAAACACAUAAAUAAAAGUACUGUACAAAUUAUUUUAUAUAUUACAUUCCUAAAAAAAUACAACACACAUGAAAUACUGUGCUGAUCAGUCCAGUAAUAUUGUGAUGUCCUCUUGAUCCUCCCUCCCAACUCUCUCCCUGGUACAUCACAGCUGAUGAUGAAUGAAUGAUGGUGAUUAAUCUGUAGUGAACUGUUGAUUCGUUCAUCUCAAAUGCCCUCGCCACUCUGAAGUUUCUUUAUUAUUUCAACUCUCACUUAAGAACACCUUUCUCUCUCUCUCUUAGGCUUCUUUGAUGCAUUACCAAUUCUUGUUACCACCUUUAGAAGGACAUUUUGGAG